UAUUCAGAUAUUAGUUAAUCAUUUUAUUAUUAUUUGAACAAUUUUAAGAAAUACUUAUAUGGCAGUGUCACUCUGGGGUGGUGCUGGGUUGAGGUGGAUCAAGGGACCAGGGGGAUGGCAAGAAGAUGUUACACAAUCAGAAGUUAUAGUUGAUUCUAUUCACAUAAAUCAAGUCAAGAAGACAAUCGAAAUGUUUUUAAGAAGCAAACAACAAAAAGCUUACAAGCGCUUGUAUUCAUAUCUUUCAGCUGCUCCUGUUUCGAAAUGCAGUGCUAAAGAAAGUGUUACUUGGCUACAAAUUUCAUCAGAGGGAAGUAAAGAGUGUCAUGGAUAUUCGACUCUUGGUGAACUUCUGCGCCGACUACAUUUGUCUGGUUCUGUCUGGCAGCAGGGAAGAUUUAAGUAUGUUAUUUGUUUGACGGAGCUUAUUGUAAAAAAGAAAUUGUCAACUCUCAGCGUUACAUCCAGAAAACACCUGUUCAUUCUUGUUGAAACUUUGAUCCAGCGAGUGAUUGAAACAAGUGAAAGAAUUAGACAAAUGAAAAGGAUUGUUGCUGUUGUUUUCCGUAAUGUCAUGAAAAAAAAUUAUUUCGUUGGUUCAAAAUUGGCCUGGUUUGCAGAAGUUGAGAAAGUUAGAGACUGGACAUCUCGACUCAAUCGUUUGACAAUCUCACCAAGAAUUGACCUACAGUUAUCAAUACCUGAUCUUCCAGUAUGUGUUCAACGCAAUAUUAUAAGGAUGCUUGAUGAUCAUGAAGAUAUUGAGAGCUUGUCUCAUGUUAACAAGACUCUCAAUCAUCUUUGCAAAGAAUCAGAUGUUUGGAGGAGCAUAUGCUUCAAUCAUUUUACAAAGAAUCAACUUGAAGAGUGCGAGGCAGUGUUGGAGCGGAGGAGGCUGAAAGGAUCUCUCAGUGGAAAUGAUGUGGAGUUAACUUGGAGAAUAAAAUAUCAUUUUAUGCUGAAGAGAUUUGAAAUACAAGAAACCUUCGCAGAUCCUCUUCUGCUUUGCAAACGAUGCUAUACUGUAUUUUGGAGGGAAUCCGGCCACCCAUGUGUUGGAAAUGUAUCAGAGACUACUUAUAUGCCUAUCCAUCCAAAACAAUUAAUUUCUCUUCUUUGAAGCUUUUGCUGCUGUUGUAUUUUGUUAUUAUCUUUGCUGCUCUUGUAAAAAUUGCUUCAUAUAAUGUUUGACACAUUUUUUUAUGCAUGGUGAACCUGUCAUGUACAUUAAAGUCAAAAUGUUAUGUGCUCUCCUUGGAAUAACUUUAUUAAUUAAACAAAAUAAGAACUGUUAAAAUGAAAAUAAACACUUAUUAGUAUUUGGAGUAGAAAAACUAUUUUUUAUUUUUACUCAAUGGUAAAAAUGACAUGAAUUGUUAUUGUAUGCUUUUAUAGUGACUAAUUUGUCAUAAUAUGAACACACAACAAGAAGUUCCUUUUUUAUUGCAGUAAAUUUGAUUCUUUUUUCUUUUAUUGUCCUAUAUUGCCCUUUCUUCCUAUCUUGUCGAUUCAUUGUUAUUUUAUUGCGCAAGCAUUGUGAAUGCGCUGCAAGCUUUAUAAAUUUACCAACUGUUAUUUCGAAAUGAAGCUAUUUCUAUCAUGUUGCUUCAAUAUUUUCUCAUAUGUUUGAAAUAUAGUGUUACGGAAACACACUGUCGUCAGCCAACUGGUUUUCAUAGAAUUUUGCACUUUUAUUAUGUUUCUUUACUAACCUUUCUACAGUUAUAUGACUAAUAUUCGCUUAUUUUAAUCUGACAUGUAAUAUGUAACACAUAUGUUCACCUAUGUAUGCUAGAUAUACCAUAGCAUUAAAGUACACUAUCAUAUUGAAGUAAAUGAAAUUCAUUCUGCAGUGCAUUUCUGAGUGAACAAUGAAAUAAUCAAAGCCCUAACAAUUUAUAUUAUGGUUUUACCACCAACACCGCUAAAAACUAAAGUUGGCAUGAAACGAUAUCAUAUGCCCUUUUCUAUAGCUUGCAUUUUCAUUGUCUGAAAAACUGUAUCAAGUCUUGAAAUUUUAUGAAUUGCAAAUUCAAAAUUGGCAUACAGAGAAUUUCAUCAUAAAACCCAAGCAAGUUGGUGAAAAUCUAUAUCAUAAUGUUAUUGGGAUUUUGAAAGCAUUAUUGUUAUUUCACUUUCUGCACAGAUCAUACUGAGAAGGAACUUGUCGGUAUUUCCCUUUUUUUCCUUGCUUUAUUCAGCCUACUUCAGAGCAUCCAAUCCUUUACAAUAUAUUGCCAUUAUUAUGAGUUAUUUUGCUAUAUCAUCCACUGCAAUUUUAUUUGUAAAUACUGUGAUUUGUUUUGUACAAUAUGUUGAUGAAACAUUGUAAAA